GGAUAUUCUCUGUAUUACAUUACACAGAGAAAUUGUGAUGAUAUUAACUAGCAAAUUGCUGAAAUUAAAUGUAUAUUAAAUUGAUAUUACUUUAUUGAUAGUAAAUGACAUGGUCUACAGGACAUCCAGCAAUAUUCAUGUACUCCAUGCCAUUAUAGUGCAGUAAUUGAUACUCCUCUCCUCUGAGUGGUCAGACUCGUCUGGGGUGUAGUUAACUUGGGUUCCCUGGUACCUGUUCUCAAGAAUUCCCCCAGCAAUUUACUGUCUGUUUACUGUCUGUAUGUUCACAGGGGAAAUUUGAUUUCAGACUGACUCCUCCAUGAAAAUUGUGCAUUGAAAAUUUGAUUAUGUUUCUUUUUCUCAUUAAUUCUCCUGCUGCUCUUCUGGCUGCAGCAGUGGAGAUCCCCUUCUCUUAUGUGUCCUCUGUCUCUGUCUCUGUUGUGCCUCAGCUGCUCCCUGAGCUGUCAGGCUGUUUGAUGCCUGUAUUUAUGCCUGCAUUUCUCUGUGCUCCAUUGCACUCCUGUGGUGGGACCAGAGCACAGAGGGCUGUGAAAUGUCCCACUCCUUCUUCUCAGAAGAUCAUAGCAACCAGUAGUGAAAAUCCCAGGUUGUAUCGCUGAGUCCUAAACCUUUGUGUGCAGCAGUCUCUGAAAAGAAGAAACAAGGCCAUGGAGAUUUUCAACUCCACCCUCUUAAGCAACCUCAGCCACAGUGUUAAUGUGAGUGGAACGUUCCGCCCAAGUCCCUACACCACGGUGGAGAUGGUUGUCAUCCUCCUGGUGGCUGGGUCCCUCAGCCUGGUCACAGCCACAGGGAACAUCCUGGUCAUGCUCUCUAUCAAGGUAAACAGGAACUUGCAGACCGUCAAUAACUAUUUCCUGUUUUCGCUGGCUUGUGCCGACCUCAUCAUUGGCCUGGGCUCAAUGAAUCUCUACACUCUUUAUAUCGUGAUGGGCCACUGGCCCCUGGGCCCUGUGGUGUGUGACCUGUGGUUGGCUGUGGACUACGUCGUUAGCAAUGCAUCCGUCAUGAACCUGCUCAUCAUCAGCUUCGACCGCUACUUCUGUGUGACCAAGCCACUGAGCUACCCAGCAAGGCGCAGCACCAAGAUGGCGGGUCUGAUGAUCGCUGCGGCCUGGGUUCUGUCCUUCAUCCUCUGGGCGCCCGCCAUCUUGUUCUGGCAGUUUGUCGUAGGCGGCCGGACGGUGCCACCCGGCCAGUGCUACAUCCAGUUUUUCUCCAAUGCCACUGUGACCUUUGGCACGGCCAUCGCGGCGUUCUACCUGCCGGUCGGGAUCAUGAUCGCCCUCUACUGGCGCAUCUCCCGGGCCAGUCGCAGCCGUGUGAGGAAGAGCAGAAGGAAGCCCUCGGGAACCAGUCUAGGUGAAGGCCUGUCACAGAGCCAGGAUGGUGGGGGUGAGGUUCAGCCCAACAACUGCACCAUGACCAGGGAUGAGGAAGAGGAGGGUGAAGAUAGACGGAAGGAAAGAGAGAUGGUGCAGCGCCAGCCGAAUGGCAGAGGUCUGAGGCAUUGGGAAGGGGUGGAAACUAGAGAAAGCUCCACCAAUGAAAGCUCCACCACAGUCAGCAUCCCCAUGUCCAAUCACAGGGAAGAGGAGAAUACCUUCCAGACCAAGCCAAAGCAAGCUCAGAGGUCUACUCAGAACCCAGCUUCUGGAUGUGGUUCCUCUCUCACAGACCCCUCCCAGACUGGACCCAGAACCCAGACAGACUCCGUCCCCGCCAAAGAGAAGCAGAACCUGGUUACACGGACACUGCUCAAGGUAACGAAUCAGAGGUCUAACAGGAAGGUUAAGAAGAGGGGGGCACCUUCCCGGGAGAAGAAGGUGACUCGCACCAUCAUGGCCAUCCUGGUGGCGUUUGUGGCCACAUGGACGCCCUACAACGUGAUGGUGCUGAUCAACACUUUCUGCUCGGCCUGCAUCCCCACCUCUUUGUGGACCAUCGGCUACUGGCUGUGCUACAUCAACAGCACCAUCAACCCUGCAUGCUACGCGCUCUGCAAUACAACCUUCAAGAACACGUUCAGACAGCUGCUGCUGUGCCAGUAUAGGAACAUCCGUACUGCCCGGUGAGGGCGUGGCAGGGGGGAGGGGCGGAGCAUGACAAGGGGAAGAGGUGGGUUGGGGCAUGGUAGGGGGUUUGGUGGGUAGAAGGGUUGAGGACGGGGACAGGGUAGGGGUGAGGCCUCUACCUGGGGGUGGGGUGAGAUAACGUGUUCUUUAGAUUCGAUGUCAGCGCCAGCCUUCCAAGACAAUCACUUUCCUCUAUGGACUGAGUCAGUGUUUAUGUGUGGAUAUUGUGUCUGUAGAUGUUUCUGUGGAGUUGGGGGUUGCGUCAGGGCUGUCUUAAUGCAAGUCAGUGGUUGGUUAUACAGCUGAGAGAAUUGGGGCUUCAAGAUAGCUUUGCAGACAGUAACUAUUGUUGUUGUCGUGUUGACACUGUGAUAAGUAGUUUAGACAUUACUACCCUUAGUAAAUAUUCCUUUGGGACUAAUAAUGCCAAUAUUGGAAUUAACACGCGUGUGAGAAAUUGUGUGUUUGUGUAUUUUCUGUGGUAGGAUAAAGCAAUAUCAUACUGUAGCAAAUAUAUCUUUCUCCCUCCUCCCCCUGCCUUGCUCAUGUCUAUAUCAGUUGAUUUAAACACAGCUGUAACCAUUUCAUGUGUUGAGAAUAAAAUAUAGAGAGAGAACCGCCUCACCCUCUGUCCAGCCAUGCAGCUGCAUUCACAGCACUUGUACCACCUGAGGUAACAUACACAGAAAAACUAAAACCCGACAUCCGCCACUACAUGACUAGCAUGCUUUCUACCAGGCCCCCUCCCCUGAUCAGUGCCAGACUGACCCAGUCAGAGAGGGUGAAUUCUGGGCAGCUGGCUACAGUGGUAGGCCUCAGCACAGAGAGCCAUCGAGGAUCAGGGCCAUUUGAGUUGCAGGACUGGUGCCCCAAACACAACAUAUGAACUAGCCAGGCCAAAACAAACAACAACCGGAAUAUUGCCGCAGCAACAGCAAGACCUCUGGAACUGUCCCAGCUGCUGAGUCCUGGAGGCUGGUAAGCACAAGAACACGACUACAGGUGGCACCUGUAUUAUAUACAGUACCAGUCAAAAGUUUGGACACAUUUUUCCAUUCAGGGCGCUGGGCGUUUCUGCGCUGAUUAACAGAGGAAGGGUUAGCCCUAACCCUAACCCAGAGGAAGGGUUAGCCCUAACCCAGAGGAAGGGUUAGCCCUAACCCAGAGGAAGGGGCUCAACCAGUGGACAGCUAUGGAAACAUCCUCCCCUCUAGUGGCUUUAAAGUGGAACUUCUAUGUAUUUUUCAAACUGAUAGCAUCCAUCCAUCCAUCCAUCCAUCAUCUGCCGCUUGUCCGGGGAUC